AUGAAUCGGUUACAUUCAGUGUUGGUGUGUGUGGUGGUGAUUUUGGCGUUGGGCGUUGGCCAGUCCAAAGCUUUCUGCGGGCUGCGAUCCAGCGACAGCGACGAAAGAGGCAACGUAGACGAUUUCAUCACGUGUCUCAAGGCAAAGGCGAUCGUGACACUGGACCGCAUGUCUCGAGACGAUUCGUUGCCAGUAACCGGAUCAGUGACCCUGGUCCACGGGGACUCAACUCACCGCCGACAAAGGUCGGAUCAGGGCCCGGUGGUUUCAGAAAAUGAACUCCAGUCAAAACCGGACGACACUCUCAACAACAUGCUGUACGACAAGGCGGUCAGACUUCUGAGUGGUCGAGUCGUCAAAGUCGGUCUGCCCGAAGUUACACCAGACCAGUUGAGAACAGCCCUGGAAGAAGGUCGCGGAAAAAUGAAGAAAACCAUGGGAAUGAUGAUGACGAUGGGUGCCAUGAAGGCGAUGAUGAUCAUACCACUGGCUCUCGGCUUGCUGUUUCUUUUGGCCGGAAAAGCGUUGAUAAUCAGCAAAAUUGCUCUGGUCCUGUCGCUGAUCAUCACGCUCAAGAAGCUCAUGUCCAAGUCUGGAGGCGGUGGAGGUGAACACAUGAUGCACGAGUCCCACUCUUCCGGGUGGCCAUCUGGUGGAAGUUCGGGUGGCCAUGGAGGCGGCUGGGACAAGAGGUCUGCGUCGUCUUCGCUGUCGUCGGAGGCUGCUGCUGCUGCAAGUCAGAUGUUGGCUUACAGAUCAUACAUCAAGCCAUAA